CGGUGCAUCAAUGACUUUGUCAUCAUUUCUGACAUCGGUAGAGGUGCAUACGGUCUCGUAAAGAAGGUCAGACUCAAAGGCGAGAAUGGCGAGCCUACAGGACCCGAGUUUGUUGUCAAAUACAUCAUCAAGUCGCGCAUCCUGGCAGACUGUUGGCGCCGACACAAGACACUUGGUCCUAUACCUGUCGAGAUACACGUCAUGGAUCAGCUGCGAAGGCUCCCGUAUACGCGGCCAAAGGUGGCUGCACCAUGGGCUCCCGAGCGCUUGUUUGCUCGUCAAGCGCCUGAAAAUCGGACACUGUCCCCGAUCACGAUCUGCCACCCAUCUUUAUGCGUCAUGCUAGACUUCUUCGAAGACCACGAAUUUUACUAUCUGGUGAUGCCGUACCUGACUGGUACUCAGCCAGGUAGAGACAAUUCGCAGGAUCUCUUCGACUUUGUUGAGUCGGCACCGGAUGGGCUCUCUACCAUCGAGGUGCGCAGCAUCUUCGGACAAGUCGCAGAUGGCGUGCGCUUCCUUCAUGCCAACUCGAUCGUGCACCGCGACAUCAAAGACGAGAAUGUCAUAUUGGACUUCCGCGAUGGGCGAGCACACGCACAGCUCAUCGACUUUGGCAGCGCUGCGCAUGUUCGGCCUGGUCGGCUUUUUGAUACUUUCAGCGGCACUUUAGAUUACGCGGCGGCAGAGAUCCUGCGCGGCGAAAAGUACGGCGGCAAGGAACAAGACGUAUGGGCUUUGGGUGUGGUCGGGUACGUGCUUCUAUGCGGAGACUGCCCCUUCUGGAAUGGGGAAGAGGCCGUCGAGGGAAUCGCUGCCGGGACACGAGCAGACAACGCCCUUAGAGACAGGUGCUUGAUUGGAGAAGGUAGACCUGGGGAUCCUCGAGAAGCGUCUGCGCCCGAUACGACGCCUGAGGACAGUGGUCAGAUCGAUGGGGGUGGCAGAUUGGACGACGCCGCCGACCUCAUUCGACAGUGCUUGCAGCUCGAUGUUGCACUUAGACCUACCGCGGCCCAGGUAUGCGAUCAUCGCUUCCUGUCGGGUCGCGCAGGAUGG